AUGCAAACCGCGGGAAGUGCGGGGAGUGCGGGGAGUGCGGGGAGCAGGCAGAGUGUGGGGAGCGCGGAUACCAGAGACUGCGAAAGCGCGCGCGGCCGCCCAGCGCCGUCCCAAGUCCCAGACUGUCCAACGCAGCGCGGGGCUGCAGAUUCCGGGUACAGCUGCUCUGCACCGCCCCGAGCACCCCUACCAGGCCCUCCUGCUGCGGGGCCUGGCUCCUCCCCUCCUCUUUCCACCCUACAAUCGGCUCUUGGCUUUGGUGGUUUCUCCAGGGUCUGGGCUCACGUCUCCUCUCUGCUGCUUGUGCUCCCAUCCCGCAGAUCUGCAGGCUUCUGGAGACCGUGGGAAGCUCGAGGCGAGCGAGAGGAGCAGGCGCCUCAUCACCCUGCGGAGGCGAUGCCCGGUGGCCAAGGCAUGACCGCAGCCGCAGGAAAGCUUUCCCAAUACAGACACCCAGUCAGACUAUUAUGGCCAAAAUCAAAGUGUUAUGAUUACUUAUAUCAAGAGGCAGAAACUCUUCUGAAAAAUUUUCCAAUUCAAGCCACAAUUUCAUUUUAUGAAGAUUCUGAUAGUGAAGAUGAAAUUGAAGAGCUGACCUGUGAAAACUAAGCUAAUUUUGAUGAU